AUGGACAUAUUGUUGUUCUGGGCCCAUAAGAUAUUCCGAAUGUUGGUAAAGAAGAGACCGAUCAGCGUUGCUACAAGAAGGCUUGGCGAAUGCAAAUCAUACUCUGAAUGGUCCCAAGUGGCUGCUCAUAUUGACAGCUUGGACGGCGGGAAUCUCUGGAGACGUAACUUCAUUAGCCGGCUGUAUGACUACGAGUUGAUAAACGAUAGACUUUUGACUUUGCAAGAUGCUCGGUUGAGGGGCGAUUACUUGAAGAUUAUAUCUGUGUUCAGGGCGGGUUUGCUGCGGAAUUUUGGCGGAAUAGCUGCCAAAGAGCUAUACACAAGGGCGUAUUCUGGAACAAAGACACUGAUAGAAGAGUAUAUCGACGAGGUACUGGAAUGUCUGAAUUUCAUCCACGAGUUUGAGUCUGAUGAAGACUACAGCACGAUCUCCAACUUCAACCAAAUCAAGCUUGACUUUUUCCAUGAUGCUAGACAAACUUUUGGAUCAACAGCUUUGAUUUUGCAAGGCGGUUCGCUAUUUGGACUCUGCCAUCUGGGGGUGGUGAAAGCUCUUAACGCAAAGGGCUUGUUGCCUCGCAUAAUAUCGGGAAGUGCAGUUGGUGCGAUUGUGGCUGCUUUUGUGUGUGUUUUGGCAGAUUCUGAGCUCUCAGACAUAUCCUCAAUCACAGAGACUCUCAUUGCGUCUGAGUCGAAAGACUUCUCUGAAAGCACCACUGGCGACAUAAUAGAGUAUGUUACCAGGAACGGCUACAGCCACGAUAUUCUGACUUUUGCGAAAUACGUUCGCCAACGUCUUGGCGAUUUGACUUUCGAGGAAACCUAUCUCAAGACAGAGAGAAUCCUGAAUGUUCUCGUACAUCCUACGGAUGCGUCCAUUCCGCCUCUUCUGAACUACGUCACCACGCCCAAUAUCGUGGUGUGGUCAGCAUUGACUUGCUCAGUGGGAGAUGGUGUUUUCAUGGACUCACCAUGCCUCUACAUAAAGAAUCAGGAUGGGGAAAUCAGGCAGAUGGAGACAUAUCGUGAGUGUCACUUUCUGACCCCACAUCAAGCCAGCGAUGGAAUGAGCAUGCACGAGCCUCAUUCAGAGCUGGCCACUUUGACAUCACCAUAUACCAGAUUGACAGAACUCUUCAACGUGAACCAUUUUGUGGUUUCUCUUGCAAGGCCGUACCUGUCUCCUCUCAUUGGAAAUGAUCUAAAGCACGGGUCUAACUGGUACCCUGAACGGCUUCUGAAGACAGUGCUUGGAUUGGAAUUCCAGCAUAGGGUUAACAUGUUGGACAGAAUGGGAAUCCUGUUCAGCUGGAUAAAGCGACUGGCAAUCGAUGAGAAAACACCUCGAAGAAACGCUUCUGGAAUUACCAUUGUGCCUGGCAUCAAGACCUUGGUCCGUGAUUUCGGUCGGGUGUUUGACGUGAACAAGUCCAACGUGAAUAUUCCCUAUUGGAUAUUAGUUGGAGACCGCAGUGUUUGGCCACUUUAUCCCAUUUUGUGGACGCGGAUAGCUAUCGAGUUCGCUCUUGACGAUUACUAUAGUUUGCAUAGAAAGAUGUGA